AUGCACGAGUUCUCUUGGGAUGAAGAACAGUCAUACGUGCAAAGACCGCACCAGGAAUCCAGAGACAACAUGGUCAAAGUGGAGCACAGCAAGGCCAAGCUGCCCCAACAAAUCCAGAAUCUACAAGCUGGGACUGUAGAAGGAGAAGAGAAUUUGGACCGGGUGCCCUUUGGAAGAGCUGCAGGAAAGAAAGGGCACGUGGGAAAGGCAGCUAGCACACCAAAGAAGACAUUUGCAAAGAAUACUGAUGCUGUCCCUCUAUUUCCCAAGAGAAAUGCCGACCAUUUCUCCCCACUGCCCACUGGCGAACCUCAGACGCUCAGAAACCUGCUGGUCCUGGUGCGUGCCAAUGACAUGGAUCCUUGCUACGUGACCCAGUUAGGGUCGGAGCGGGCGGUAUCUGCAGGCCGCUUCCCCGGCGGGCAAAGGGCCAAGGACCGCACCGCCAACCCGCUGCUGGACGGCCGAGAGCACUGCCUCAAGCUCGGCGACAGCUUCCAGAAGACGCCCAAGGUCUUCUUCCACACCAUCCGCUAUGAUUUUAAACCAGCAGCCCUAGACACUUCAGGUGAAGGAGAGCUCCAGGUUGCCAAAGGAGAUGCAGUCACCCUUGCGCUACCACACGUUCCUGGAGCGACACAUGCGAGGACGGUGUACCAAGGAAACAAAAGACCGUACCAGGGAGACUGUGUUCUCAUCGUUAAUCAUGACACUGGUGAAUGCGUGUUGGAGAAACUCACUAGCAGCAUUCAGGUCAAGAAGAGAAGAAGUGAAGGAAGCAGCCAAAUCGAGGCGCCAAUGGAGCAGCCCCCAGCUGGACCACCCCCACUUCCAGCAGCCAUUCGAGCCCCAGGGAAGCCGUGGGUUGGGCCAAAAACCUCUCCAGUCCAAGAGAACCCUUUGCCUGAACUCGACUUGGAGGACCUGAAGAGAGAGCUGAGGGCAGAGCUGGAAAUCCUGGAAAACAGGAGGAGGAGGAGGAGGAGGACGAAGAGGAGGAGGAGCGGCGGCAGCGGGAGCAGCGGGAGCAGCGGGAGCAGCGGGAGCAGCGGGAGCAGCUCGUCGGAUUCCGAGAGUACCUCCUCCAGCGACGACGAAAGCGCCAGCAGCCAAGUGGACGAGCCGGCCGCCGGGCUCCACUCCCAGCCUCGUCGCCCGCACUUCAGCGGAGGAAACCCUGCUACCAAUGGCACCAGCCGGCCGCCGGGAAACAACCAGAUGCUGGACAUCCUGCGAAGUGACUUACAAGUGAGCGAGUCUGGCAGUGACCGCGACGACUGCUAG